UAAAGCUCUGGUUUUAGGGUGUGCAGGCGCCCAGGAGAAUGACAGAGGUCGGUGCAAGUUGGCUGUGACCGCCCAUCACAGCGUCAGCUACGCCCCAUCAGUAGUGUUGUCAUAUGAAGGAGAACAUGACAGAAGAAGAGGACUACAUGUCGGAUUCCUUCAUUAAUGUUCAAGAAGAUGUCAGACCCGGCGUGCCAAUGCUGAGGCAGAUCCGAGAAGCCCGUCGGAAAGAAGAAAAGCAACAGCAAGCUAAUCUGAGAAACAGGCAGAAAAGCAUAAAAGAAAAAGAGCAGGAAAGUCGUGACAUGGGGUUGAAGAAUGCACUCGGCUGUGAAAACAAAGGGUUUGCUCUGCUCCAGAAGAUGGGAUACAAGAGUGGGCAGGCUCUGGGCAAGAGCGGAGAUGGUAUUGUUGAACCAAUUCCUCUCAGUGUCAAAACAGGAAAAAGUGGCAUAGGUCACGAGUCAUUGUUAAAACGGAAAGCAGAGGAGAGGUUGGAAAACUACAGGAGAAAAAUCCACAUAAAAAACCAAAACGAAGCAAAGGCCGCCGAGCAGUUUCGGAUGCGACUGAAGAGUAAGCAGGACGAAAUGAGGCUCGAAGGAGACCUGAGAAGGAGCCAGCGAGCUUGCCAGCAGCUGGAUGCCCAGAAGAAUAUUCAGGUUCCCAGGGAGUCGUGGUACUGGUUGAGGCCUGAAGAGGAGACUAAGGAAGAGGAAGAAGAAAAGGAAGAACAGGAUGAAGAUGAGUGCUCAAGUGAAGAUUUGAGUGUGCUAGAAAAACUGCAGAUCCUCACGGGCUACUUACGAGAAGAGCAUCUGUAUUGCAUUUGGUGUGGGACAGCCUAUGAAGAUAAAGAAGACUUAUCUUCGAAUUGCCCAGGACCAACCUCUGCAGAUCACGACUGAGAUUUUUCGCAAUAAAAGAAAAUUAUUAAUCUGUUGAGAACACCGGAUAGCAUUUUCUAGACACGAAUUCUCUGGAGUAGAGAGCACACCACUGGCUGAGUCGUCCCUGUCAGAUAAAACACUUCUCUGUUGGAAAGGAAUGAAGAGUCAGAGGAUUCCACACUUCUGGGUCAUGUCCAGGGUCAGACAUCAAAGUCAUGGGCGUUUUUUCCAAGUGCGCAUGCUCGAGGUUCCCCUCUAGUGGACCCAUCUGAACUGGUCAGUACUUAAAUUCCCACUUCUUAAACUCCAAGAGUGUGCGGCAGCAUGCAUUGCUUUCAGAAACACCUCACCAUCACAAGGGAAAACAUUCCAGAGGAGCGACUGAAGGAACGCCAAGUCUUCAGCACAGUGCAGCCCGGAGCAGCGAGAGGACUCGGGAGAGCCAGCUUUCCCCGGGUAACCAGGGGACAUCCCAGUGGCACUACACUACGCUCUGGGUGACCAGACGACAUCCCGGUGGCACUACACUACGCUCUGGGUCUGAAGGACAGACAGGUCUUGGGUAUGCAAAGCGCUGAGGAGGCAGCUCUCUAUGACUCAGUAGUUCUAAGCAUAGGAAAGGGACCCCUACAAGCCUGCUUCUCUGCUUUGGGUAAUCUUAUUCAUAGUUGUCAAAAGGUAGUAAAAAACCCAAAUAUGUGUGGAACAUAUAAGUUACAUAUUCAUACAACAGGACCCUAUUUGGCAACACAAGAGGAAUGCAUUACUGAGACCUGCUAUGUAGAUGAAAUUUGGAAACUGAUGAUUUGUAACAUUCUCUGCGCCGGGAGUGGCACUAUUAGGAGGUGUGGCUCUGUUGGAGUAGGUGUGUCACUGCGGGUGUGGU